ACACCCUUAAUCCUAGUGCCCUUGAUCCCAGAAUUGCACCAUGAAUCAAUUCCAGCACCACACACUCUAUGUCCAGGCACCUCUGAAAAAGCCGCACCUAUGACCCCGUGAGGCUUGUAACAGGGACACAGCCAUAACAGCUGCUCCUGUCCGGUGCUGCACAUUUCUGUCGACAGCUCUCUGGGACCUGCAUGGAGAGGGACAGAGAGGGGCCUCCACGCCCUCAGGGGGAGGAAGAUCUCUGCAGGUGUCCGGUAUCCAGCCCAAGGGUGCACCGCGGGUGGCAGGAGUUGUCCCUGAAUUUAUGGAUCUCUUUCUGGAACAGCAGGACCGAGUGAGGAGGACUGUCCCUCAGUGAGGAGUCGGGAUGGCCACAGCAGCUCAAACUUAAUGUUUCCACAGCUCGCCGCAGGGCGCUUGGUCCAAAACUGGUUUUGGAGAUGCCAGUUGAGAACCUGAAGCACUGCACACAGCAUUUCAGAUGCUGUGCUGGUCCAAAUGUUUGUGUCCCCCAGAAUUCACAUUUUGAAACCUGAUCCCCACCCCAGUGGUGUUGGGAAUCGGCACCGAGGGUUGGCGCCAUUCUGACAGGGCCAGGGCGCCAAGUGAGGGUGCAGUGAUACAGCUGUCUGUGCAUCCCGGCUCCUUGUGCUCAGACUUCCAGCUCCAGAACUUUGAGGGCGCAGGAUGUGGAUGAGGUCGUCCAGUCCACGUGCCUUGGCCUGGCAGCCGAGUGGACAGGCCCAGUCACCCAGGAGCUGCCCACAGCCGGGGCAAACUGGGCCACCACUGCUCAGACCCUGGGGCCCUUGUCUGGUUCCUCAUUUCAAAGCAGUUAUUCCUGGUCCUGAAAUUACCCCAUAGGAGCAUUUUUAGUGUGGACUUUGCCACGUCCUUUCAUGGGAGGGACACAUGGUGAUGGCCAGGCUGGGUACCACCCACCUGACCAAGCCCAUGCAUUAAUUAAUUCCCAGCCCAGCUUUGAAGUUAUUUUGACUCACCCACUGCUGAAAGACUUUGGGUUUUUUCCCACCUUUUAAAACAAACUUCACACCCCUAAGCCUCAGUUUGUCUUUCUCGGUUCCCACUCUAAUCUCUGCACAGUCCCCUCGGUCCGCAGUUCCUGGGCUGACACCACCAUCCUCUCUCUCUCACCCGUCUCCCUGGGAAUCUGUCCCUACCUGACCCCACAGCCCCACUGGGACCCUUCAUGGGCAGCUCGGGCUCACUGUGUCCCCCACCCGGCUUCCCACAGCUGCACAAGUCAUGGGCUGCCACGAGCCCUUCACCAGGGACCCUCCAUCGGGGACCACAGUCCCCCUCACGAGGUAGCAGGAGGGCAGCUGCAUGUCACAUGUCACUUCACUCCACCCUGACUAGGGCAGCCGUCUCCCAGGGACUUCUCUCCCUCCUUCCAGCCUGCUCUGGAAGGUCGUGCCCCACAGUGCAGCUACGGGAUCCUUUCAGGAUGCAAAGCUUCCCGUAUCUCUCUCCUGCCCCCUCUAGUGUCUUCCCGAUGCCUGCAAAUAAAACAUCACGUUCUUACCUGGGCCUUAGGGGGCCUCUCUCUGGGGCAGCAAACUAGAGCAGCACAUUUGGGAUGCAGCCCACUGCGUGCUCUUACAAAUAAAGUUUUAUUGGUAUGUGUCCCCACUGCUCCAUCUCUGGUGUCUGCAGGACACUCCCCUCUUUUCCCUGUGCCGACAGCUGCAGUGCCUAUCCCUCAUUGUUACUCCCCGACAGUUCCCCGGGAGGGAUGGGCAGCCUGCCUUGGGGGCCUCCCACCACCCCUCUGGUUACCUCGGUCAACUCUGAGGAGGUGCCCCCCUUCCCCCUCAGAUGCUAAGGAAGUGGUGGAGACAGGACCGGAAGUGCAGCGGAGGUGGAAGGGGCCCGGGCAGUUGUUACUGUCUCCAAUCUCCAGUCAGCUGUGGUGAGCACAGCCCUCUCCAAUGUACCUUGUUUUGCCCCGCCAUUGUUUGCUGGGACACAACAGAUGUCCAUCAAACUGCUGCACCUCCCAGUGUCCUGUUCAUCGCCACCACUGUGACCCCUGCCACCAUCCCGGACAGUCACAGCUGCUCCAGGUGUCCGCCCCGCUAGAAUUUGAACUGAACCACAGAAAUGAGUUAGGACCAAUCAGUAGGCUCAAACAUACACCAAUCGACAGGCUCAAAUUUGGACCUAUCGGGGGGCUUGAAUUUGGACCAAUCAGAAGGCCUGAAUUUGGGCCAGUCAUAGGCCUGCAGCUGCCUCUCUCAGCACCACUCCCGUGCACUGACUGGCUUGGUCUAGGAGGGCACUGUCUCCAGGUGUAGCACAGGUCCCGUCCAGAGCCCCACUGGUGAGCCCCCGUCAUCUGUUGUGACUCAUUUCUCGGGUAGCGUGGGCUCUGAAGUUCCUGCAAGUCUGCAGGUGGUGAGGACAGAGCAGUGGCUUUACAGAAAGAGCCAUAAGCACCAGGGGCUGUCAGCCUUAGGAGCUCAGGCGCCAGCAGCCCAGAGACCAGGGACAGGGAGCUGGCAGAGUGGUACAGCGGUGGCCGGCAAGUGUCCCUGGCAGGAUUUCCUCCCAGCUGAAGCGUGACGGUGGUGCCGGCAGAGCUGAGUGCUCGUGACAGACCGUUCAGCCCACAAAGUCCAACCCCUCACUCUCUGUGGAGAGCGCUCACUGGCCACAAGGACCCCGUCUGAGCUCUGCUUCCCCCUCAGACCGCAGGGCUGGUCCUCGGGCGGGACACGCGCCCCCAGGUCUGUCCCGGGGCCGGUCUCAGCCUCACCCUUCACAGCCCGCGGAGGCUGCACCUACAUCCAGGCUUCUGUCCCAGACAGCUCCCCGAGUGGCCUCUUGGGUCCCCGCAAGACCCCUGUCAACAGCACCGUGGACCACCAUUUCAUCCUGGCCCCUGUCCUGUCUUCAGGCUCCGCGUCACUGCGCCCUGGGCCAGGACGUCGCCCCGCAGGAAGACGCCCUGCAGAGGGUCCCGGGACACACAGCUUGGAGCUCCUGCCCAGCCUCCUAUCACCUGCUCUUGCCAUCGGUUCCCUGUGGGGGUCCCCACCCCUUCCCUGGGAUCCACCCCUGGUCUCCCCACGAUGCUCUGCCUCUGCCUGUCCUCCCUCAGGUGGACACAGAAGGCACAGGAAGGACUGAGGCCUUGAGCGGCCUGUCCCACUCUGCCUGUCCAGUGAGGUUCGCUGGUCUGUGGACAGGGCCCCUGCUGACCUCCCUCGCCUCCUGCACUUCCCAGGGCUGGACUUUGGACUUCUGAUCACCUGGUCCUGCCGGGCCGGGCUCCGAUCAGCAUGGCUGGCUGUGUCCUGCUGCUCCAGGGCCUUGCCCUCCUCCUCCUUUUCCACCAGGCGGAACUGUCAGUGUUUGUUCCGGCCACAAGCGCAAACCAAGUUCUGCUCAGGUGGAAGCGUGCUGGCUCCUACAUCCUGGAGGAGCUCUUUGAGGGCAAUUUGGAAAAAGAAUGUUAUGAAGAGAUCUGUGUCCACGAAGAGGCCAGAGAGGUGUUUGAAGAUGACGAAGCCACGGUGGCGUGCAUUCUGGAGAGAGUACAGGGCUUCACCUGCACCUGUUCCCCGGGCUUUGAGGGCAGGACCUGUGCCUUGGCUACAAACAAAUGUCACCCAGAGAGGCCGGAUGGGUGCCAGCACUUCUGCCACCCGGGGCAGGCGUCCUACGUGUGCAGCUGCGCCCAGGGCCAUAAGCUGGCCAAGGACCGAAGGUCGUGUGCUCCCCACGAGCAGUGCGCGUGCGGAGUCCUGACUUCCCAGCAUGUCAAGACGCCAGACAGCAGCAGGCUGAGGCCGCCCAGUUUCCCGUGGCAGGUCAAACUGACAGAUUCCCAAGGGAAAGACUUCUGUGGCGGUGCCCUAAUACAGGAGGGUUUUGUCCUGACAACAGCACGGUGCUCACUGCUGCAUAGAAACAUCAGUGUCAAAUUAAGUCCUGCCGGGCCGGGCGAGGCCCCAAGGAUGGCCAGGGUCAGGCGCGCACAUGUGCACUUGCGCUACGACGCGGAGUUGGGCCAGAAUGACAUCUCCCUGCUGGAGCUGGAGCGGCCCGUGCACUGCCCUGGCUGGGGGCUCCCCGUGUGCAUCCCCGAGCGGGACUUUGCCGAGCAGGUCCUGGUGCCGGGGACAGGGGGUGUCCUCAGCAGCUGGACCAUCAAUGGCACUAACCUGGGCGACACGCUGACAACCCUGCCAGUCACGCAGGUGGCCGGGGAGGAGUGCGGCCAGGCCCUGAACGUCACUGUCACCACACGGACGUGCUGUGAGAGGGGCAGCGCGGCAGCCGGGCGGUGGGUGCCAGGAAGCGUGGUCACCAGGGAACACGAAGGCACCUGGUUCCUCACGGGACUCCUGGGCUCAUCACCGCUGCCACAGGAGCAGGCAGCUGCAGUCCUUGUCACCAAGGUCUCAAGAUAUGCGCUCUGGUUCAGGCAGACAAUGAAGGGACCGGGACUCGGCCAAAGGGCUGGUCACGAGGUGGGGCUCGGCGUGGGGAUGUGGAGAAAGCCUGACCCCACAGCACAGCUGUCACGUGAGGCUGCCCUUCUAGAUCGCCGCUGAGUGCCGUGACACUCCGCUCCGUGGAGGUCUGCUCUAAGCCAAGACCUUAGAGAACUAGAUACGCUGAGUAAUAAACUGUCAGUUGUGAA